CUCCAUCGCUAGCCGUGUAUGACGUUCCGGGUUAAGUGUGGUUCCCCCCAAAAUACUCGAUAAAGCUCUGAAAUGGAGGCACAAGCGCAGUUUUUUGAGUGGAAACUGAAGGGGAGAAGAGUCAAACUCACCCUGAAGACGUCGUGGUGCACGGGCGUCGUCCAACGCGUCUGCCCCAACAGAAUGCUCGUCUUGUCUGACGUCAUGACUGAAACCGGGAGCAAAGUUAUAGGUUCCAAACUGUUCCCGGGCCGAGACGUUUUCAACGUUGAGCUGGUGGAGGACACAGACGCCGACCUGGACGAGGUCCAGGAGCCUAAGAGAGAAGACCCUUCAGAGGAGAAAAUGUUGCUUCAAAAUGUCAAGUCAGGUGAUGAAGGUGUUGGCAAGUUUGUCAUAAUUGAUGAGUUCCUUGAGAAGUUUGGUCCUGCAGUGAUGGAUGUCAAUAAUCAGAGUAUGAUCGGUGUUGGAGCGAACGGAGUGGAGCUCCAUAAACAUGGGAGGCUUUGUUGGUUGCAGAUCGCAACUGACAACAAAGUCUAUCUGUUCGACUUAAUCGCGCUUGGACCCAGAGCUUUUAAGAAUGGCUUGAGCAUGAUUAUGGAAAAUAGGAAAUUGCUGAAGGUCAUCCAUGACUGUCGGCCAAUCGCUGGCUGCCUCUUCACUCAGUUCGGAGUGAAGCUGACCAACGUGUUCGACACGCAGGUGGCAGAUGUGAUGUGCUUCCAUUCAGAGACGGGAGGCUUCCUCCCUGACAGAGUCACCACUCUCCCACAGGUGCUGAGCCACUAUCUGAACGUUUGCUCCACACAGCUCUCAUCGUUGCAGAUUUCACGUUCCAUAAAGAAGGAAACCCAGAUGUGGCACAAGCGUCCUUGUCCGCUCCCUCUUCUGAAGGCCAUGGCUCUGUCAGUGAUGCACCUGAAGUCGCUGCGUAGAGUUCAGAUGGACUGCCUGAUGAUGGACUUCAUGGUGCUGGUGGACGCUCACCUCACCAGCAGCCGCUACGGACCCGAUGAAAUGAAACAUGUGGACGAGGAGAGCAUGUUGGAGCUGUCAAGUGAGCUCCAACAGCUGGAGCAGAUGCAUGCAACGCGUCGGGAGCAAGCCAUGUCUCGAUAUCCUGUCACAAAGCUCGGCCUGUUGGAACGCUUCCAUCCACGGCCAACACCAGGCCCCUCUGCAUCUCACCCCGAGGCCCCUUCGGAAGUGCUCCUGUAGUAUAUUCAAAUCAGCCAGUAGAUGGCAGUAGAUUAUUUAAUUUUGCCUCUCAGCAUUUGUUUGAGUUUGUUUCUUCUUUAAUGUGUCCACAUAGGCAUAUCAUGUUUUACAUAAAGGAGGGAUGUUCGUCUGCUUUAGUUUUGAUUCUGCUUCCUUGGUUUCACUACGGAGAUUAACAUGUCAUCACACUCGACGGGGCCUACAAAACUUAACAGCAACCAUUAAAUUUAGAGUAAUAUUUCUGUGUUCAGUCCUUAAAAAUGUCAGCAGUUUGUUUGCUAUUUGCUAUCACUAUUUAAGUUAAUAAAAUCUCUAUUGUUAAUGUAUGAAGUGGUCAUUAGUGUGAUCGCAGGUUGCGAGCACCUGCCAUCCGCCCCGUUGUCGGCCCAUAUCACCACAUCUUGUAGCCGCUUUCGUCAUGCUCCAGUGCAGGAUGAAGCUCUAAUUCAGCAUGGAAAAGAUAAAGAGGGAUUUUAAUUAACCAGUCGGGCACAAAGCCUGGCUUCUGUCUGAGCAACCAGCUCCUCCUCAGCUUCUGUUGAACACAAACAGGGUGGGUCCUGCCCAAAUGCCCCCUUUGACCUUUGUGCGCAGCUCGCCAUGUGUUUGUGCGAGGGUUCAACUGUGAAAUUAUUUUUUUUUAGCGCAAACAAAUGGUGUGAGCGGGACAUAGGUCUCGGCAGAGGACGCGCUCUUGUCAUUGACAACCAGAUUUGGAUUCCUAUUUUAGAGGACCCUGCAUUUCCUCUCCGUCACAAUAAUGCCUUAUGUGUAGCACUUCCUGUUUCCCAGGCCUGAGAGGAAGGAACAGGGCGCUUGUCACACGGUAGUCACAGCUUCCUCCCCCAUCCCCUCCCUACUCUGCUCCCAAACUUCAGACAGUGUUGUGUCCUUCACAGGGGAAGACGACUGCACCUUCAGCAUCACAGCCGGAUGCUGUCAGAUUAUUUUUAGACUCCGGUUGGAGAAGGUAUCACACAGACAUAAACAGAAACGAUCGGAUGUCCAGCUGUGUUGAUGUUGAGGU